AAACAAUACUGAGUAAAAAAAUCCUAUCUCCCAAAUGACAUAUAUUGAAUCCCAUUUGCAUAGAAUUCUUGAAAUGGCAACAUUCUGUCAAUGGACAAUGGCUUAGUGGUUGCCUGGCAUUCGGAGAAUGGAAGAAUGUCUCCUUCAGACAGUAAGACUGUGAGGAGAAUUCCAGCUUUGCCAUUUGCAAAUGGCCUGUUUGUGCAGUGUUCUGAGGUACUAUAGUUCUCCAAGACAGUGGCCCAUGGAAAGUGCAUAAAGGUACACAGGGAUCUCUGAAUUGUCUUACAAUUCAGUACAGGUGAAUACACCUGAGCUGGUUGUAAAUACUUUAAAUGGUUGGGUCUACAGUAUUUGCCUAGGAAUCACUGGUUCUGCCAACCACUGGGUGGACAUCCUAGCAGUUGAUCAGUCCCCAGGCUGGGUUCUAUCCCUCGAAGUGGUGUUCUUCCCAUAACAGAGACAUUCCCCAAAUGCCACAAAUACAGGAGUUGGCUAAGAAGGAGAACCAAGCCAGCACUGAAGAAAUUCUCAACUAGAAAUGGGAACAUGUACAGAAAGAGUUAGCAGCAACAGCAAGAAGAGGCAUCUAGAUGGAGCACGGACCCCAUUAGUGAAAUAUUGGCACGAUAAGAGAAGGGUAUGGACUGGCUGUGCCCUGAGUUCAGGCCAUGCUAUGUGAAAGCCUGGCUCCUCGCUCCUCAGUGAUAUGGGGCCGCGGGUACCCGCUGGGGUUCUGCGCCUCUGCUCCACCAGGUGGAGCCUGGGCGCACAGCAGUCCUGGUAGUUCAGAGGUCACGUCCUGGGGUGAAGUACAGUUCAGCUGACGAGAGCUGCAGGGCCCAAGGGAACCCCGCUUCGCUUCUCCUCACAGCCUAGGCCAAAUCGACCCCCUGCUAGCCCCUCUCCUGCUCUGAGGGUUUGCCCAUCUCCGGUGCUGUCUUCUGAUCUGCCCUGAGGAGAUACAGGAGCUCAGCCACCCAUCCUGCCCUCGGCCACCAUGGCCCACCUGCGAGCCUGCAAAGUCAGGCAGCUGCUUCACAAGUUCGCAGUUGUCAUGGGGGACUCCAUCCAACGGGCGGAGUACAAGGACCUGGUCCUCCUACUGCAGAAGGACUGCCUGCUCUCUUCCAGUCAGCUGAAGACCAGGGGCGAAAUAAGCUUCGAGCACGACGUGCUGCUGGAGGGUGGCAGGUGGGGCCGCAUGCACAACAGCCCCCACUACCGCGAGGUUCGCCAAUUCUGCUCCAGCCACCACCUGGUGCGCUUCUACUUCCUUACGCGUGCGUACUCGCCUUACUUCGAGGAUAUCCUGGCAGAGCUGCGGUGGGGCGAGCACGCCCCCGACGUGGUCAUCCUGAACUCUUGCCUCUGGGACCUCUCCAGAUACGGCCAUGAUUUCCAAAGGAGCUACCGGGAAGACGUGGAGAGCCUGUUCCGGCGCCUGGACCAGGUCCUGCCCCAGUCCUGCCUACUGGUGUGGAACACAGCCAUGCCUGUGGCAGAAGUCGUCUCUGGAGUCUUCCUUGCCUCGGAAGGCGAGACCUGCCGGACCAGCCUGCGGGAAGACGUGACGGAGGCCAACUUCUACAGCUGUAUGGAGGCGGUCAGGCAUGGCUUCGAUGUGCUGGACCUCCAUUUCCACUUGUGCCACGCGGGGCAACACCGGCAGUCAGAUGGCGUGCACUGGGACAAGCGGCACGGGCACCUCUCCCAGCUCCUGCUGGCCCACGUGGCAGAUGCCUGGGGUGUGGACCUCCCAGGCCACGUCCCAGUGGGCAGGUGGAUCAGGGAUAACCUUUUGCUUGUAGGCAGACGUGCAGGACCGGCAGGCAGGCGGCAGCCCCAAGACAAUCGAGGUGACCCAAGAGAACCAGCCUUUUCCUGGCUCCCACCCACUCCCCCUUGGAGACCUUCUGUGCCUUUCCCCCAGGUUCAGACCCUGUUCCCACACUACCACCACAGCACCCUUUUUUCUUCAGAUCCACCUUUGCAGCGCCAGUGACUUUUGGACUCCUCAACGCACCAAAUCAGUUAUACCAGGGAAGCUCACACCGUGGUAGCCGGUGAGCCAAGGCUGGGCAGUGUCCACCCAGCGCCCAGGCCAUGCAUCUGCGCCUUACCCACCGCAGCACCCCAGUGGCCCACGCAGCUGCCACUGAAGGCGCACAGAGAGACGAGUCCAAGCACAUCCCGAGACAAGGCUGGAGUAGCCAGCCUGAGACCUAGGCCACUUGCACUGGGACAUGGCCUUCAAUGACCCUUUGGCUCUUCAAGCUGCUUACUCUCAUCAGUAAAGAGCCUCAUGCAAAAUCUCUUUGCCAGUGUUUCCACACCACUUCUUGGAGAGGAGCCCCAGACCCAGAGCGCUUCACCCACACAGAAAUGAACUCCCCAUAAAAAAGUACUCCACUAAUUAAAAAAGAAAAGCUUUAGCUGAAUGUGUCUUCAAGGAGUAUUCUUCACUGAUAUUCUUCCUUAAAAACAAAAAAACAAACAAACAAACAAAAAACACAGAAAGGUAAAAAAUUUGCAAACCUUUCUGUAAGACUUUAGUAUCACCAUUAGUUCUUGCUGUGUUCAUAGAACUUAACCUCCAAAGCUUUCACAAUAAGUUGCCUUGCAGAUUUUAUUAACAUUUGCCUGUGCUUCAAAAUAAUAUGGCCCUUAAAAGAAGUAUUCACAAAUGCAAAAUGUUUAUUUUUCUGCUAGAACAAAAUCAUUACUAAAGUUCAUCAAGUACCUAGCAUCUUUUCAUUUUUUUAAUAGACUUUUUAAAGAAUCACAGCAAAUUUGGGUGACAAGUUCAGAGUGGUUCCCCAAAACUUCUGGAUUCCACACAGGCACAGUCUCUGCCACUAUGGUUAUCCCACAUCAGAUGUCACAUUACAUUUACAUUAGAAUUCAUUUUUGGUGUGGUGAAUUCUGUGGGUUUUGACAAAUGUUUAAUGACAUGUAUCUGCCAUUGUAUUGUCAUACAUGAUGUUUCACUGCUCUAAAAAUCCUUUCUGCUCCGUGUCCUCAUCCCUCCCUCCUGGAAACCAUGGAUCCAUAACUGUUUCUGUUAGUUGCCUUUUCUAGAACGUUAUACAGAGUCUUACAACAUGUAUCCUUUCAGAUUGCCUUAGUAAUAUGCAUUUAAGUUUACUCCAUGUCUUCUCAUGGCUUGAUAGCUCAUUUAUUUUUAGCACUGAAUUAUAUUCAGUUGUCUGGAUGUGCUUCUGUUUAUUGAUCUAUUCAUCUACUGGAGAACAUCAUGGUUGCUUUCAAGUUUGUGUAAUUAUCAAAAAAAUGACUGUAAACAUCUGCGUAGGUGUUUCUGUAGAUGUAAGUUUUCAGAUGCUUAAAUAAAUAUCAAGGAUGCUAUUGCUAGACCUGUAGUAUGAAUAUAUUCAGUUUUGUAACAGACUGCAACACUGGUGUUGUAGCUCAGUGGUAGAAAAUGUACCUAGCAAGCAUGAGAGAAUCUGGGUUCAGUCCCCAACACUGAAAAGACAAAGAGAAGAAGGAAGAAGAAGAAACUUCCAAACUACAACUUUUAAAGUUUUGGGGCCAUUUUUCAUUCCCAUCAAUGAGUAAGAUUUCCUGUUGCUCUGUAUCCAUUCAAGCCUGGUGUUAUCAG